CACAAACUACAGGCCCAGUUUAUCCUCGCGUCUGCAGAAGAAGAGGAAUCCCGCCCACUAUACGGAUGCCGCAUUAAAAUUGGCCGCGCUUGCGCGUUGACGUUCCUUUUUUUUCUUGGAAUGCCCCCUGUUUAGAUCCCCAUCAUGGCAGAUCCAGAUCUUGAUUUCACCAGCGGAGAUGCCGGGGCUUCGACCACUUACCCCAUGCAGUGCAGCGCCCUGCGCAAGAACGGGUUCGUGGUUCUGAAGGGUCGUCCCUGCAAGAUUGUCGAAAUGUCCACUUCCAAGACUGGCAAGCAUGGUCACGCAAAGGUUCACAUGGUUGGAAUUGACAUUUUCACAAAUAAAAAGUAUGAAGAUAUCUGCCCCUCCACCCACAACAUGGACGUGCCUAACAUCAAAAGAAAUGACUACCAGCUGGUUGAUAUCAGUGAGGGAUUCCUUUCUCUUAUGAUGGACAACGGAGACGUGCGUGAAGACCUGCGUGUGCCAGAAGGUGACCUGGGCAAAGAAAUUGAAAGCAAAUUUGCAGCUAGUGAAGAGAUGUUGGUUACUGUGCUUUCAGCUAUGGGCGAAGAAUCUGCUGUGGCUGUCAAACCCAUGACCAAAUAGGAAGAAAGACUGGGCUGCUCAGGCUGCAACAUGCUACACUUUAACAAAUCUCUUGCAUUUGUUUUUUUUGUUUUUUUGGUUUUAUUUGGCACCAAAGCUAUGGCCUUCACAAACAACCUCAACAUUUUUUUGUUGUGAUUUGUGUUCCUUUUUUCUCCUUCCAAUACUAUGCUGGACUUGUGGGGUCAGUCAGCAUUCUCUUGGGUAAGAGGUUUAAUACUGUCAGUGUGUUUACCCCCUCAACCUCCCCCUCAAGUUAUUACAAAUUACAUUCCUGAAUGUUAAA